UUUCAACAUGGCGGUGAUAAUGUUGUGAAUUCCUCAGAAGCACGUCAAUAAAAUUUGUAAUUCCACGUGAAGAGUGCAACAUUUUGCGGUAAAUAUAGUGUAAAAGUGUAGUUUACUGUGCCGGCCGUGCAUUUGUAUCCUUUCCACGUCCGUCGAGACGCUCGCAAGUGCUGAAAAGUGGGGCCUAAAUGCUGACUGACUGAGUGUUUGUGAAUCCACCCCGAAUCGUUGCUGCUGCGGAGGCAUCUGGUGCCCGUGAAAGAGGUUAAUCCCACUGGCCGACUGACGAGGAUGCUGAAGUCGCUAGGUGGGCGAGACUAAGAGCAGAGCCAGAGCGACAGACAGACUCUCCGGAGAGGCGCCGAGGACACAUAUCGCAGACCCGUGGGCAUUCUAUCUGCAACUGGUUGGGCAUCACAGCGUACACCACGGACAUCUUAUCCGGGCGCCCCAAGAUCGCGAAGGUGAAGAAGCGCAAGCGGAAAGUCGCCACAAUGACAACGGACACCAGGAAGAGGGUGAAGCUGUAUGCAUUGAAUGCAGACAGACAGUGGGAUGACAGGGGCACGGGCCACGUUUCCUCCCAGUACGUCGAGAGAUUGAAGGGCAUGUCCCUUCUUGUGCGCGCCGAGGCGGAUGGUUCGCUGCUGCUGGAGAGCAAAAUCCAGCCAGACACAGCGUAUCAGAAACAACAGGACACACUGAUAGUGUGGUCGGAGGGUGAUAACUUUGACCUGGCGCUGAGUUUCCAAGAGAAGGCUGGUUGUGAUGAGAUUUGGGAGAAGAUUUGUCAGGUACAAGGAAAGGAUCCCUCCGUGGAGAUAACUCAGGAUAUUGUGGAGGAGUCUGAGGAUGAGAGAUUCGAGGAGAUGUCAGACUCGGCGCCGCCAGUGGAGCUGCCGCCGUGUGAACUGUCGCGUCUGGAGGACAUUUCGGAGGCGAUUGGGAAUGGCCUGGCCACACCGCUGCGGAAGGAGAAGCUAGCCAUGGCGCUUGAGUCGGAGAACUACAUUGAGAAGCUGCUGAAUCUGUUCCACAUGUGCGAGGACUUGGAGAAUGUCGAGGGGCUGCAUCACUUGUUUGAGAUCUUCAAGAACAUCUUCCUGCUGAACAAGAAUGCUCUGUUUGAGAUUAUGUUCGCCGAAGACACGAUCUUCGAUGUCGUGGGAUGUCUGGAGUAUGAUCCGUCGCUACCGUCGCCACGGAAGCACCGUCAGUAUUUGCGGCAGAUGGCGAAGUUCCGAGAGGCGCUGCCAAUCAAGAAUGCCAAUUUGCUGGCCAAGAUCCACCAGACGUACCGCGUGCAGUACAUCCAAGACAUUGUCCUGCCCACACCGUCGGUGUUCGUGGAGGACAACAUGCUGAACACCCUGUCGAGUUUCAUUUACUUCAACAAGGUGGAGAUUGUGACACUGAUCCAGGAGGAUGACAAGUUUCUCGUGGAGUUGUUUGCAAUGUUGACGGAUCCAAAGACAUUGGCGGUGAAGAGGAGAGAUCUGAUCUUGUUUCUCAAGGAGUUCAACAAUUUCGCACAAAAUCUGCAGCCACAGGGAAAGGAUGCAUUCUACAAGACACUCACAACACUCGGCGUCCUGCCGGCGCUUGAGAUAACGUUGGCUAUGACUGAUCAGAAGACUAAAGCUGCUUCCAUUGAUAUUCUCACGUCAAUUGUGGAGUAUUCAUCCUCAACGGUGAGAGAUUACACUCUGCAACAGGACAAUACUACAGACCCGAAGAAUAUGUUAGUCAACAUUGCACUCGUACAAAUGCUGUCGGAUUCAGAGCCAGAGCUCGGUGGUGCUGUCCAAUUGAUGGGAGUCAUUCGAAUACUGCUGGAUCCAGAGAACAUGUUAGCGUCCGUCAACAAAUCAGAUUUUCUUAAUUUUUUCUACAAGCAUAGUAUAAAGAUACUAGUAGGGCCACUUUUGGCGAACACCACUGGUGAUAAGCCGGCGAAGGAGGACUAUCACACAGCUCAGCUGUUGGGCCUGAUUCUUGAAUUGCUGUCGUUCUGUGUUGAGCAUCACACGUACCACAUCAAGAACUUCAUCUUGCAGAAGGACCUGCUGGAGAGAAUACUGGUCCUGAUGAAGAGUACUCACACGUUCCUUGUGCUUGGCGCUCUCAGAUUUGUGAGGAAGGCAAUUGCCAUGAAAGAUGAAUUUUACAAUAGGCAAAUAGUAAAAUUUAAUUUAUUUGCACCAAUCGUUGAUGCAUUCAUUAGGAAUAAUAACCGAUAUAAUCUACUCGAAUCAGCUAUCUUGGAAUUCUUUGAAUUCAUCAAGUUGGAGGACAUCAAAACGCUAUGCACGUACUUUGUGGAGAAGUUUGGCAAAGUAUUUGAGGACAUUGAGUAUGUUCAGACAUUCAAGAGCCUAAAGACAAAGUAUGAUCAGCACCAGGAGAGAUUCAAGGAUCGCGACAAGAUUCUGGACAGUAGUAUACCAAUGAUUCGGAAUAUCCGUCAUCGAAGAGAUCAACGACAAUUGGAAGAGGAGGAGGAGAUCUGGUUCAAUGAGGACGACGACUUCUCAGAUGUUCCCACGUCAAAGACCGACUUGGACACGAGUUUAGAAGUUGUGAAUGGACCGAAGAUGAAUUGUUCAACACCGGUUUCGACAGCCACCACAACCACCACGGUGAUACCAGCUUUACUCCAGUCCAGUGCUUCACCGACAAUUCCCUCAGCUCAGACUCAGAGUCCGCAGCCACAGCAGCCGCUCCUUCAGCAACAGCAACCACUGCAGGUCCAGACGGCAGUCAGUAGUAAUUUAAACAAUGUGAACAAUAAUUCCAAGGGAUCCAGCGGACUGGUAUUUGGCGACACAAACAAGACCAUCUCAGAGGAGACGAAGAGCAUAGUGUCGGGGACGAUUAAGAAGGGACUAGUCGACUAUGAGGGUGAUUCAGACGAUGAGGACGAGGAUGAGUCCGUUAAUACACCUCUGCAGAAGAAAGCACGUCUCGCAUAGCAGCUGCACUUACUGAAGAAGACUUAAUUAUCUCAAUGGGUUUGAUAUAAGUACGUCGUCAAGGAGGAUAAUUAAUAUGCGGCGAAGUUUGUGUGAAUCACAGAAAUUUCGCGUGACAAGAGAGCGAAAGGAAAAGAAAACCACAAAAAGAGGAUAAAAAAUUGAAACACAAAAAUGAGAAACAAAAAUAUUUUAAUUUUAAAUGCAUUAGUAUAAAGAUUAAAUUUUAAAGUAAUGAACAGAUAUUGUACACAACACCAUCGUGAUCUCUAUUGAAGAGAUUUUGGUGGUGAAGAAUGCACAGAAUUGAGCUAAAAGUGUGCAUAAAACGCUGGAAUGAAUGACAUCUCAAAUGGAAAACAACACCAUGAUGGAUAAAUAUCUGCAGUACAGUAAAUUGGCAAAAGGCUUUCUCUAAAUCGGUUGUUUUACGAAUUUGAUUGUUGGAAAGUAAGGAAUAAGAGCAUCAUGAAAUAGACGGGAAAACUGGGAGGCAGCAAAAAUGAACCUCUGUACAAUGUGUUUCGUUUAUUGACUAAUAGAUUUCUAUAAAUUAUUUAGAUAUUGUGUAAAACUAUAGGGUUUUAUCCUCUUUGCACGCAACUAGUUGGACUGUGAGUGGAAUUUUCUUGGAGAUGACGUUUUCUUUUUACAGUAAAGUGUAAAUAAAGUGAAAUUGCCAAGAUAUCUGCAAAGUUGAGUUUUUUACAAGAGGACAGACAAAAUUAUACUAUUAUUUUGUAUCUCUGUGCAAAGAGGGAGAGAAAAUGGUUGAUUUUAUUUAGAAUAAUGUCCGUCAUUUUCGACUAUUUCAUCAGUAUUUCCCUGGUUUUUCGCUGAAAUAUAUAGCAAACGGAAAACUAUACUGAAAAUUCGUGCUACUGAAUUUUUGUAUGUAAAUAAAGGUGAAGAGACAUAAAAAUUGAAUGAAUAUUAAACUGAGAGAUUAACAAUUUAAAGAGAGAAGUUACAAUGUAAGAAAAUGUAGAUGAUACUUGAGAUUAUAAACAAAUUUAGUGUUUGGUACAAUUUUUCGUAUGAGAGGAGAAAGAGGUAAGGAAAAAUUGAAUUUCCCAAUUGAAAAUGAUUUACCCAAUAAUGUGAAAAGCGAGUAAAGCAUAAAGUAAGUGGAGGAGAUGAGGCGAUAUUUGUCCAAAAGGUAGUGUGAGGCAAGGUAUAUUUCCCAUAAUUGGUAAUAUAAUUUACUAAAAGGAGCAAAAGUGGCAAAAAUAAGGGGUGAAAUUAGAUGAAAUUUCUGAUGUGCACACUUUCCAACAAGUCAAAUUUAUAAGGGAGGCGGACAGAAAGUUACUCAUGUAAUUGUGUAAAUAAUGAUUUUACGUGACAGUUCGUUAGAUUAUUAUUGCGGAAGCGAGCGAGAGAGAGAUGCAGAUGUGGAAUGAGAGAGAAUGAGAAUCAACCUUAAGAAAAA